GGCCAUUUCAUAAUGCAAAUACCUGAUGAUAACCGACGCAAGCAGCAGCUGAAUGCGUAAAAUUAAAGUGAUAAUUUGUGAAUACACUAAUUAAUAUACGAGGCAGCAUUGUUCAACAGUGACUCAUUGUUCUUUUUUCAACCAACAACAAGGCAAAAACCUUAAAUACGGCAUGGAAAUGAGUGCGACUAUGUUAGCACGCGUCUCCUUCUAUCCCACAUUGCUGUACAAUGUACUUAUGGAAAAAGCCACCUCAAGGAAUUGGUACGAUCGCAUCGAUGAAAAUGUCAUACUUGGAGCGCUGCCCUUUCGCAGCCAAGCCAAUGACUUGAUUGCUAAGGAAAACAUGAAAGCUGUCGUCUCAAUGAACGAAGAUUAUGAGCUAACAGCGUUUUCCAACGACUCGCCCAAGUGGAAAGCGCUGGGCAUUGAAUUUCUGCAAUUAGCCACCACAGACAUCUUUGAGUCGCCCAAUCAGGAGAAGCUUUAUCGCGGCGUGGAGUUCAUCAAUCGCUUUCUGCCGCUGUCGAAACGCAUAUCGGGCCUAAAGAACAACGCACAACAACAUCCUGAAAACAUUGGCACGGUUUAUGUGCAUUGUAAAGCGGGCAGAACACGCAGUGCCACCUUGGUGGGCUGUUAUCUGAUGAUGAAGAACGGCUGGACCCCAGAUCAAGCUGUGGAUCAUAUGCGUCAAUGUCGCUCGCAUAUUUUACUGCACACUAAACAAUGGGAUGCUCUCAGAAUAUUUUAUGCUAAUAACGUGGAGGCAAAGUCAUGACCCGUCAUCGUAGAUUAUAAUAGCAAUAUUUAAAUGUUUUAUUACUCUACAUGUGUAGUAACAAAAGGGUGCCAGUUUCUGGUUUUGCUACCGUUGCCAAAACUUAUAAUUAGUGCUGUUUUUUGAAUACAAAUACUUUUUAAAAAACCACAA